AACAAUAACAACAAAGCUGCCUCUGAAACCAUGCCUAAAAGAGGGGGGUUUGGUGAUGAGGAACUAAGGAUAGUGGUUAUUGGGAGCAGUGGUCAAUCUCAGUUCUUUCUCACCAACUUCAUAUUGGGACGGGAGGAAUAUUCUGAAGAUGUCUUCAGCAUUUCGGGCAGCCAGAAAAAUUCGGGAGAGCUGGAAGGAAGACGGGUUGCGGUCGUCAAUGCACCCAACCUGUAUGACGAAGAGCUGUCCAAGUCCAAGAUGAGAAAAGAGAUGAGAAGAUCCAUGUGCUUGUCGACUCCUGGACCUCAUGUCAUUCUCUUAGCUUUCGAUCUGGAGAAAAUCUCCUCUAAUGACAUGAACACUCUCAAACUGGUUAUGAAGCAAUUCGGAGAGAAUGUCCUGAAUUACACCAUGAUCCUCCUGGUUUAUGAUGGGCAGCUGAGAGGCAGAGCGCUCCAUGACAAGGUCAUGAGAAGCGACUGUCAUCUGACAGAGCUCGUCGAGGAGUGCAGCUGCUGUUAUCACGUCUUCAGUAAGAACUGGAGAAAUCGUGCUGGAAGCAGAGAGCUGUUACAUAAGAUAGAGCGGAUGCUACAGGCUAUGGGGGGACACUACUACAUCAAUAGGUCUUACAAGAGGGCGGAGGAGAGUGUCAGGAAUGAGGAGAGAAAGCUACAGAGUAAGAGACAGUCUGAGACAAAGAGGACACACCGGGAACUGGAAAAGCAAUUUCAAGGGGACGAGUUGCGCUGGCAAAAGGACCUCUACAAUGCAAGUGUAGGGGAAGAAAUCAGAGCCACGGCAGAGAUGGAGAACAGCUGGCUCAGGACUUCACUGGCCAGAGGGUUGGGACUGGGGUUUGUAGCUGGAGCAACUAUGGGAAUGAUAGUGGGCUCUGUGGAAGGGCCACCAGGAAUGGUAGUGGGAGGAGCUGUGGGAGGAGUUGUGGGCGGAGUAUCAGGUGCUGCUGUCCAGUUAGCCAUUGAACACCUAGAUGACAGAGUGGGACCACAUGCGACCAGUUUUAAUUCAGCUUUUGUUAACCGCUUCUAUCGGGCACCGAAUAUCUGA